GGUUCCGUGGCUAACAUUUGGAGCCAGAAUGGCGCACGAACAACAGUUGUAUAACAAGGAAGUUCCGACCUUGGCCACUUCUGUCAUCAAUUACUGCUACGUGCUUAGAUGAAAAGUUUUAGCCAAACAUAAGUUUGGAACAACAUAGCUCUUCAUUCCUUGCUUUCAAUAGCCAUUGUGUUGCACAACUGCUGUCUUCGUGUUUCCAAAGUGUUUGGCUCUUCCACUGAAAUUGAAGAGUAAAAGAAUCUUUGGAGCCAUUCAUACGGGUCAUUCAUACGGGUCAUUCAUACGGGACUGCUUCUGUGCUCAGGAUGAAGAUCAACAAAGAGUUGCUGACCAUCAAAGGCCACUAUUUCCUACGAUAUGCAGGGAUGGCGCCUCUCGUCAUGUUGCUGCCGGUGAUUGUACGCAGCAAGGGACUCUCCGCGCAAACCGUGGGGUUGCUGUGGUCUGUGCUGCCCGUCGUGGGGCUCAUCACCAACAGCAUCUCGGGCACGCUGGCAGACUACUUCAAGGCACAUCGCAUCGUCCUUCUCAGCUCCGUGGUCUGCUUGACAACUGGGGUGACGUCAAUGUACUGGAUACCUGAGCUCCCCCUCGCUGCUCAGGCCUCGGGAGAAACCCAAAGCCUCGAUUCCCUAGGAAAUGCAACUUUGGGUUUUACAGUUUCUUUGAUAAUGGGCAAUAGCAGCUCCAUGGGGGAGGGUCUGGCAGGCGCUGACCCAGAAAUGAUGGUGGCCGAGGGUCAGGCGCCGCCCCUGGACCUGCCGAACAUCGAGGAGGUGGCGGCGGAGAGUGGGCGUCAGGAGCCUCUGGUCCGGUACCCGCAGUUCUGGCUCAUCUUCUUCGCGCUCAUGGCGGAGCAGAUAGGAAUCAGCGUGUGUGUCAUGAUGUCCGACGCCGUGUGCUUCCAAAUCCUGGGCUCUGAACGCCACAAGUACGGGCAGCAGCGUCUUUGGGGCACAAUUGGCAUGGGGUUAAUGGCUGUAGUCUCGGGAGCCCUCAUCGACGUAUACUCCCAGGGGCUCCCACAGAAGGACUACCUACCUGCCGUCAUCUGUGGCCUUGUUUUGAUGGUGGCGGACAUCUUGGUGGUGGCCAGGAUACGGAUCCCUUACGCCGACGACCACAAGCUCGUCAUGGGAGACGUGGGCAGCACACUCCUCCAGCCACUAGUCCUUCUCUUCUUAGUGACGGUGUACGUGAUGGGUGCCUCGCUGGGCAUCGUGUGGGUGUUCAAGCUGAUGAUGGUGGAGGACGUGGCGCUGGCCUGGAACGCUGAAUUCCCGGCCCUGAAAUUAUUGCAAGGACUCGUGCUGUUGAUUGAGACCAUCAUUGGGGAGGUUCCUUUCUUCUUCCUCUCAGGCAGGAUCAUCCAGCGUCUGGGCUACACGCCGGUGCUCAUCACGUCCCUGGUGUCCACGGGGUUAAGGUGUUGCCUCUACUACACUGUCACUAAUCCGUGGUGGUUCCUGCCCAUCGAGCUGCUCAACGGCCCCAGCUACAGCCUCUUCCACACUGUCAUGGCCUCCUACGCAAGCCACAUAGCGCCGCCGGGGGCCCAAGCCACCCUCCAGAGCGUCGUCAGGGCUACUUUCUCCACGGGGCUGUCCACGGCAGGGUUCCUGGGCGGCAUUUUGUACAACACAGUGGGAGGGUCCGCGGCUUUCCUGCACGUGGGUACCUUUGACCUGGCUUACGUGCUUGUCUUCGGCCUCCUCCACGUCCUCAUCACUCGGUACUGCACCCAGGACAAAACGGCCGGUGAGCCGAGCUGUUUGAUGGUGCCGUGUCAGGACAAAGUAGAUCCCUUCGCUGGCAAGUCGGUGGAGGUGGUGAAAGAGCUGCUGCUGGAGCAGGACUGUGGCGGACUUACUGGGGCCGUGGCCAGACCCAACGUGGUGACAGAUGACGAGUGUGUGAAGUUUAUGGUCUGAAAGUUCCUUCACCGCUGGUCGUUGAAGGGAUUAACAUUUAGCAGUAUAUCCUCCUGUCGAGCAUCAGCACACGUGUUUGCGCCUACCUCAUAGGGCUUCCAGACUCAUGCUGACAAGGGGUGGGCAGGUACCGGUACCAGUGCCGGUACUAACGCUACCAGCUAUACAGUACGGUACCGGUGCCAGACUGCUCGGUAUCGGUACCGGUACUGAUCAGUCGCUCAUGCUGUCCCUCAUUUCUUCCUCACACGAGUGAGAGGCUGAGACUGAGUGCCUGAGUGGAUAUCUCGGUGAUAUGGAUAUUCUCUCUCUCUCUCUCUCUCUGUCAAAAUCGCGUCAAACCUCAAAUCCUCACAUCAAUGCAUCGAUGCAGCAAGUAAAGCGAACAGAAUGUUGGGCUUCAUUAAAAGAAAUUUUUUAUUCAAGAAUAAAGAUGUAAUACUUCCACUCUACAAUAGUUUAGUUAGACCCCACUUGGAAUAUGCGGUACAGUUUUGGUCUCCCCACCAUGCAAAGGACAUUGCUAAAUUAGGUGUUCAGCGUCGGGCAACAAAAAUUAUCCCUUCCUUGCGCAACAAAUCUUACGAAGAAAGGCUUUCCACCCUUAACAUGUUCUCUCUUGAGAAACGUGGCCUCCGAGGAAAACUGAUCGAAUGUUUUAAAAUACUUAAUGGUUUCACGAAUGUAGACAGAUCAACAUUGUUUAUGAUCGAUGACACUUUGCGAACGAGGAACAAUGGCGUAAAACUCAAAUGUAGACAAGUAGAUUCAGACUGCACCAAUUUUUUCUUCACCAACAUUGUAGUGCGUGAAUGGAAUAAGCUCCCACCGUCAGUGGUCUAGAGUAGCACGAUUGACUCCUUCAAAAACAAGCUCGACCGUCACUUCCUUCAACUUAAUAUUAACUAGAGUUGAAAUGCAACGUUUUGGAGCCAUCUGAUUAAUGUAGAAUCACUUAGGUUUAAGGACAGACCACCUAGUCUGGACCAUGGGGUCUGUGUGGUCUGAUUUUCUAUGUAAAUCUAUGUAAAUCUUUCCUGAAUGAAGUGAAUAUCUAUUUUUUCGAUAAAUAAAAUAGCAUAUAGGUAUAGUUAUUAAGGAUGGACUCGUAGUCUAAUAACAAUAACAGUAUAUAUUAGCAAACCUUAAAAAAAAAGAAUCGGACAUGAAUAAUUAUCUAAUAGAUAAGUUGAUAAAAUAUUGGAGGAUCGAAGGAACAACCGGCAGGACAACAUGGCGGGAAGACGGGCAACGACUCCGCACAGCAAGGCCUAACUCGUCUGCACUCUCCAUAGUCAGGCAUGGCUGGCGAGCGUGUCACUAAGCGCCGGUAUUGGAAUCCAACGGGCACUAGUAGCGGUAAUGGGUAUCGUUAGGGUUCCGGUACUUUAACGGUACCAUGGUACCGUUAAAGUACCGGGAUCCCUUUGCUGUACGUAUCUUCAAUCAAGCAAGAGUAAAGAGUCAUACAUCACGACAGCCACUAUAACCCUGCGCCACUAACGGGCUGGGGCCAUUCAUAAAGCCCCUCAAGAAACUUGCAGACGCUGAAACACGUACACACACACACACACACACACACACACACACACACACACACACACACACACACGUAUCCAUUCUCAAGAUUUACGUUCACACUGUUGUCGUCACUGGUAUUGGUGGUAGUGGGAGGAAAACUGCUAGUAUUAAACACCGAGGAAAAGUAAUUGUUUAAGAGGUUUGCAACGUGUUGGCUGUCUGUCACUGUUUGUCAGAGGUCGAAUUCCACUUCUGGUCGCCUUAAUUCCUGUUGUUUAAAUAACUGAAGAAAGAUUUCGGUUUAUUUUUACAGUUGGCUGCAAUGUUUUCUUCAUAUCUACGCUUUGCCUGACAUAUCAAUAAUUUUACUCGCCGCCUGGUUUCAUGAUAAAGUCUAAUGUAUUCGGGCGUGCUGUGUUCUUUCUUUAGUCUGUAUAACAAUUUUCUCUCCUUAAAGAUCAUUUACUCACUCAGCAGGACACAUUGGUCCUAUUGUGCGAGAAGCAAAGUAACACUAAUAAAAGCCCACCUUGGUUUAAUAGCGAAAUCAAACACUCGGUUAAAGUUUAGCCAGGCUUCCUCUACUUUGCCGUCAUCUGAUAGUUGUAUUUCUGUUAGUUUGUGUCUGAUUUCUACGAAAUUAGUUUUUUUUAAAUUGGGCACCUUUACUUUAUUUUCAGUCACUGUUGUUUGAGCUCUAAUGUCGACGCGAACUAAUUUAUGAUCGCAAGAACCGAGGUGUUCUCCUACCGUAACAUUACUGACUAUACUCUGGCUCGGCUAAACGUGCGGUUGGGGGUGAUUCAGCGUAGGGAACCCUCUUGUAUAGCCUUGCUGCGUGUCUCCUAGCCCGCGAUGUAGGAAUGUUCUAAUAUAAGUAAAACCAUGGCAAAUGUGAUCAGAAAAUAUGCAUACACAUUUAAUCUUAGUAUUAUAACGUAUGAAAGAACAAUUAACUUAUAAUGGACAAGAUAUCUAUAAGCAUAUAAAGAAACGUGGCAUACAUAUUUUACAUUGUUGCUAAAAAAAUGCUAUACUUAUUAUUGAGUUUACCUUUCGUUUUGGGACGUGUAAGUAGUUUCACAAUUAUAUUUAGAUUACAUCGUGAAGGAAUGUACGUUAAAAUGAGCUGACAUAAGUAAGAAAAAAAUACAUUCAAAUCCUCGCGGCGGUGACGCCACGAGAAAGAGGCCCUGUGAGGAACAAGCGUGAGUACAGCGGUGCCACGUUUUUAACCCCACGUUAACCACAGGGCACAGACACAACCGCACAUUUAGCUGAGCCAGACUAUAGAUUAUCUUGGGUCGCUAUAACAAGGUCUUAUCUUAUUUUGUCGAGUUGGGUCAGAAACCAUUUGGCUUAGGUAAUUUUCUUCUAAAAAUUCGAUCAUUCUAUGUGACUCGCCUUCUGUACCUGACAGUUUUACUCAGUCUCCUAAUAUUAGUGAAUCGCUGUUAUUAAGUGACUGCCUUAAAACGCUGUACAUUUCAACAUCUUCGAGUGAUUGCUCCGGAGGCCUGUGGGUGACAUAUAUUUAGACUGACUCUUGCAAUGUUUACACGCACGCACAAAUGUUCAACGUUACUGUCUCUUGGUGUUCUGUUAGAGGGUUGCAAAUAGCUUUUGACUUAAAGGGAGAGAGAGAGAGAGAGAGAGAGAGAGAGAGAGAG